GGAGCUGCUGAGAGGGUAUGUAAAGAAACGCAAAUCCACCUGACGACAAUGUCACGAGCUGGUCUGAAGUGAUCGCUGGGAAUACUGGUCAAGAUGCAAUGUUUUCAAGCUCCAGGACAGUCAACAUACCACUUCCGAUGGGUUUGGCGGGAAGGCUUUGACUGCCAUCGAGUAGCAUGAUCUCCAUGAGUAUUGCUAAAAGUUCAACCAUUGUAGUCUGACCAGUUGCACCACGGGGCACUGACAACAGUUUCGACGAAACGAACGAGGCUAUAGCCGACGGGGUCCUAUGCAAGAUUCUUCAAUCAAACAAAGUCGAGGUUUCGAGGACGGCCAGGGCGGCGUCUCGAACGAAAUGAUCCCACGAGCUCGAGUGAGCACCAAUAUGUGAAUUAGACGACAUCUGGACGCGCGAUGUGUUGCACAAACGAGUUGGUAUCGACGGUUGAUUAUGGGGCCAUAAACACUUUCCGGGCUCGGAAGGCUUGGGCAGGUUGAACAGCAGACGAUGCGAACGACGACAUGCCAGGGAACUCCGGGGACAGUGGUGAGAACGGGUUCAAGUGAACAGCGACAUUGGGGACGGCCCAGUAUGGAUCGGAGGAUUGGGGUAUAUGUCGAAAAUGUACCGGCGUCGAGGACUAAAUGUGUUUUUUGCCGUCGACACGCACAUAGGGCUCAUUUCUCUCCCCGUUUGCUUGUACUGAAAAAGCAGGGAGGUUCGGGCUUUGGUGGGAGUAUGGAAGAAGAGAACUUCAUCACAAACCUGGAUACAGAAUCAAAAGGCCUUGGUGAACUCUCUGGGAGAUGAUACGCCUCUGUCUGUCUAUAUGUUAAUUAUCGUGUGCUUUGGCUCAGGCCCACUCGACUCCACCGUUGUCGAAGGAUUGGUGUCAUUCUUGCUGGUAUAGGUCGCUCAAGGGCCACAACGAAACUCAAUACGGGCAUAACGACUUGGGAAUCAACAACACCAACAAGAAAGAAAUCAGAGGGAAGAAAGAGAUGUGAAUGCUGCAUCUUGGGUUUCAUCCCGUCUCUUUCCCCUCACUUGGAAUCACAUGACCUGCCGGUCUUGCCUGGCCACUUACCACUCUCAAGGCAUAGGCCACAUCAUCGACGUGAUUCCGAAACCAUGACUUGCUCAGGAGACAGCGGAUGCAGACGACGGCAAUGGUGUGCGUGUGCUUGAGACAUUUGAUGUCGGCGUUCUUCUCAUCGUGCCUUGUGUGAAAUGGAGCGAAACUGGGUUGGCGGAAGAAGCGGCAAGACGAGGACAAAGAUGCAGAAGGCAAAGAAGAAGCAGAGUAGGGGGUUCAAGGGUUGGUCCUAUUGUUAUUGACAAAGCCAGGUUUUGAGUAAUGCCACGGUGACAGAGUGAGAUUAUCCGAGUCACAAAAUGAGGGGAAGUCAACGCCGUGGCUGCCGUGCAAGAGAUGAAGGGGGCAAUCAGCCGAAUAGGGUCUCCUGCAUUUGGCAGGAACAGCCUCUGGAUGGCACCUUCCCGUUUCCUGCGAUUGGCCAUUACCACCCAUCCACGCCGCGUUCCUUGGACGUUGGGGUGCCAUCGACCAUCAUCCAAGCCGUCAGCAGAACCCAAAUGGACGCGUAGUGGUUGUGAUUUGUCAAAGCGCAAGGGGAAAGGACAUUCUAGCCUACGGUUGCCAUUUUAGAUAUUUUAGCUUGUGAAACUAUGUUGUUGCGAAUAGCUUCUAAUUUGCUAUUGCCCACUACAAUGGUUUAUAUGAUUUCUCGCGCGACAAUUCUAAAUAUUAUUUGCAUUAAAGUCGGCAGUCAUUACAGUCAGAAGCCAUUCAAAGCGGGGAAAGUGGAAAAUCCGGGGUAAUUAGGGUACGGGUAACAUUUGCCUCCCUUCCGUAGUGGAGCUGCAUUACCGUAUCGUGUCCCCGAAGGCAGGCAUUGGAUGUUCAAUCGGGUUUCGCAGGGUGAACACCUUGUCCCCAUC